AUGAUCGACGUCCCUUCAUCUGAUGUAACACUGGUGCUGAAGAUAAAGCCAUCGAAGGACAUAACCUUUCAACUGUUCCUGGGGUAUAAAGACGACACAAACGAUAAACAAUACAUAGCCAAGACUCAGAUGCCUCACCAGAGCAACACGCAAGACGUGUCACGUACAGCUGAGCUCUUUGCCACCUUUGCCCAAAAUCCUGUGGUGGUGUGCUUUAUUGGUUCCAUCUUUGUUGCUUACGUAUUGGUGGUAAUAUGGGCACGCGGGAAGGACAUCCAGGACACAACCAAGGUGAAGGUAACAUUGUUGGAAGAUAAUGACCCCUUGGCUGAAUACCGUUACAUGCUGAAUAUCAGCACUGGGCAUCGGCGUGGUGCUUCCACCUCCUCUCAGGGAGAGAGUGAGCCACACCACCUCGCUGACCCUGACAAGCCUGUGUUUGAGAGGGGGGCAGUGGAUACGUUCCUGUUGACCACACCCUUCUCUCUGGGGGAGCUGCAGAGCAUCAGGCUGUGGCACGACAACUCAGUUGGACACCCUGCCUGUAAUCUGUUCUUCAUGAGGACGGCAAAGGAUUUCCGCGAUGGCCACAUCUGGUUUUCUGUGAUCAGCCGGCCUCCAACGAGCACCUUCACAUGUGUCCAGCGAGUCUCCUGCUGUUUCUCUCUGCUGCUGUGCACCAUGCUGACCAGCAUCAUGUUCUGGGGCAUCCCUACCGACCCCUCUGAGCAGACCAUGGACCUGGGUCAUAUCGACUUCACCUGGCAGCAGCUGAUGAUUGGAGUUCAGAGUUCAAUCAUAAUGUUUCUAACUCAUCUCCUCCUUGUGAGUAUCUUCAGAAACACCCGCCCCCGAGAGACGAAGCCUGGAAAGCCCAAGGCAGAGGUAUCCAAGCAGGGGAAGACUGGCAGUGUCUCCCUCACAGCCUCUGUCCCCAAAGAGGGACAGAGAACUCACACCAGACACAGUCAAGCAAGGCUGUUACUGUACUGUAUUCUCUCGGGACAUAAAGAAGAUUGCUAUGAAGAGCCCCAUUCCACACCUGGAGUUAGAGAUGAAGCCUGGACAACAAACUCUCUGCUCUCUCUGGUGGAGGACGUCAUCCGGCAGCAGAACCGAGCCAGUGGAGAGUUCUACACUGAUGCCUCCAAGAAAGAGGGAUCGCUCAUUCUCUCACUAGAGGUAGCCAAUCUGCAAGCCCUCAGAGGAAGAGGAGAUAGUGCUGAUGCUGAUGAAGUUCUGCAGCUUGUUCGGGAUCAAAUAUAAGAAAGAAGAUAAAGAAGAAAGUAACAGUCCCAGGGUGAUUGCCAACAAUGCCUCUGUUACUAAGAAAGGACCCUCCACUAUAUCCUCAUAGAUGCUUAGUUCUCAGUAAAGAUCUGCCACUCUGUAUGAAUUGAUAUUGGAACUGCUUUCAUUUAUGUAGUUCAAUAGGAGUAUUAAAACACGUUAUAUCAAGA